AUGCCACCAUUCGUCAGGAUAUUGAAUCAGUAUCACGCGGAAGUUGACCAAGAGAAUCUACCGAUUCGCCAAACAAACAAAAUAGUCACGAACGAGUCGAGACGACCAGCACUCACCACACUGUCCAGAAAUGUGAGCGAUCAACCGCGACCCACGUUCAGAGAUGGCACAGCGCGGGGCAAACUCAAACCGCAAUCGGUGGGCACAGUUCGUGUCUCACGCCGAAACGAGCGUGAACGAAAUCGUGUUCGACUGAUCAAUAUGGGAUUUGAACGUUUGCGUGCUGUCGUUCCGUGUCAGUCGGGCGAACAGUUGAGUAAAAUUUCCACUCUACGAAAAGCGAUCUGGUAUAUAGAACAUUUGGAUCGAGUGUUGCACGAGUCCUCGUCGACCAGCGACAAUCGUGACGGGUGGACGGAUUCCUCUGGUUCAGCUACUAUCACCAGUACCGCAGCCACCACUACCAAAACGGAUGAUGAUUGUUCUGUGGAGGAUGUAACAAUUGGGACUACAUCCGCUCGAGUUGGGUCAGUUGUUUCGGGCUCACUGAAGUCGGUUCGACUGUCGGCCUCGAAAGUACAACAUUCUCAACUUGAACACAUCCAAUCACAAACACAGCGAGAACAACAGCGAGAUUUCUCGCUGAAACAGAUACUGGACGAGGAUGGGAGUGGAAGCAGAUCGGGCACGCAUGGAGCAGUUCGGAUGGCCUCCUGGUCAUACCCCUUCAACACACCAACGGGACCUUAUGGGGCUAUAGGUUCUAGGGGUAGAUCAGUUAAUUCCGAGAUGAUGACAUUGAUAUCUCCAAUUUCUGCGGUAUCUGAAGUGCUAUCACCUAUAUUUCCGCCUCAGUGGACACAAAGCGGUGUGGAUUUCACAUCUACUCCGACGGGUUUCAUCAACCAUACUCUUGUGAAUUCUGGUUCAGCAGACAUAAAUAUAUGUGAUUCUGGUUAUUCAAGUAUCACUCUGUCUUCAAGCGAAUUGACUCCACGACAAAUGACUGAGCGUAGGUGGGGACAAAUGAUGAAAUCUUCGUGUGAAGAAGGAUUUUCACCCAGUAUUCAUUGUUCCAGUUCCUGGGACCGGAACCGUCCGCAGCUUUUCCCCCCAUCAACCAUGGUAUCCACAUUCCCAUUUACUUCAUGGCUGGGACGUUUGGACACUUGA